GUUGUGUACGUACAUGUCGUUAUCUUUGGUUGAGGAAGCAUUUUCUGAAAGUUGUCUCUGCCCAACUUCACCCUUCCAGCGAGCGACCGUGCGCCACAGUGACAUUUUUCAUGUUACUCUUGUUAUGACAAUCCAUGAUAGCCCUAAACAAGGGUUGUCGUUAUUGCGCGUUUAAGACUAUCUUGUUUAUUUAUUCUGUUGUGCCUUCUGCCUCGUGUUCUACUUCACAGGAGAGGGCAAAGAGUCCUUUCCAAGUUAAACGAGCCAACUCACCGCUUAGUCACCGACUUUAUUGCUACAUUCUCACUCCCUGUCUGUGUGAGUGAAUGAGUAACUCUGUUCCAGUUAAUUGCAAAACCGCCACGGCUACUCAACAUAGACAUUUUUGGUAAUAAAAAGUAACGGUCUUUAAUUUGUCAAUAUGGUUGAUAUUAUUUCGCAUUGUGUUGGGCAAGUCAUUCCCGGGAUAGACCGAAAUGUAGCCGCGAGAAAGGGAGACAGGAAAUUGCUUGUUCAUCCUUUAUCAGCAGAAGUGGACGUUGCCCACCAUGCCUGUGGACAGCUCUCGAUCUUCUGUCUUCACAUACCAGUCAGCAGUUCACAGUGACCAUGUGCUGCGCUGCCUUGACGAGCAGAGACUCCGGGACAUGCUGUGUGACGUGACGGUGGUGGUUGAGAGCAGGAGUUUUCGAGCACAUCGCUCAGUCCUGGCAUCAUGUAGUGACUACUUCAGUGCCCGCUUCUCAAGUCAUGGAGAGGCUGGAGUGGUCAUCAGCUUACCUGAUGAGGUGACUGUGGAGGGGUUCGAGCCUCUGCUUCAGUUUGCCUACACAACCAAACUCCUUUUCACAAAAGAAAACAUCUUGGAAAUUCGCAGCUGUGUUUCCGUCCUGGGCUUCAAGAACCUGGACAACUCGUGCUUUGAUUUCCUCAUUCCCAAGUUCUUUGACAACACCAAAAAUGCUACGACCCCGCCACGCAAAACAUGUUGUAGAAUGAAGAAGAAAUGUCCUAAACCAGCAAAGGACUCUUUUGCUUCGAACACCGACAGCGAUGUUGACACCUAUAAACCAAUCUCACCCGCCACCCUGGAUGAAGAGGAGCAGCAGACCGGAACCGCUUCCCGACUCCUGGAUCAUCCACAGCAAAGCUGUGAUGAUGCCAGUCUAGACGUGAACACACAGACAGACUACUCUCUUCUGUGCAAGUACCGCAAGUUUCAGAUGGCGUGUUUGGAGGCCUGUGGCCCUGAGAUGGCUUCCAUGUCCCCGGCCACAGCAGAGGACAGUUGCUCCUUGAGCUGCAUGCCCCACACCAAGGAUUCAGAGGAGCCCACAUCAAGCAAACACUUCCCUGUGACAGAGGGGUUUGACUUUCUUGCCUCAAGUAGCUCACAGACAAAGCCUCCUCCCUCUCAGGGCUCCAAGGCCUCAUGUUGUGGACAAACGUGUGGGCUGAGCUGUGGUGAGUCUGUGGGAUCCAAAAAGGUAAAGAUUGAGGAUGGGGCAGAGGAGCUCUUGGAGACGAGCAGUGUUGAAGAACAGAAGCCAGAGUUGAAGAACGUGUCGGGAGACGGAGAGAAACUUGUCCUCGUGGAGUCCCACACGCCCGGUCCCUCCUGCAGCGACUGGCAGCGAGACACGGAGAGUGAGCAGACGGGAGCUGAGAGAAGCAGCAUCGAGCAGGAGGUAGCAGAGCACCUGGCCAAGGGUUUCUGGUCAGAGACCUGGCCAUCGAAGCCCUCGGCUCCCCUCCACUGGCUCAAGCAGCUGGACCAAGGCAUCAACGAUCGAGACUGCCCCUUCCUCCGGGACCUCGGGGCUGUGGGUGCCCGUGUGCCCGAUGGCGAGGAGGCCAGCAGAGCCCAGGGCAGCCCCGAUGUCUCCUCGCAAAACUCGGGUGAGGACUCGGACAGCCUGGACACAGAGGGGGACAGCGAGUUCUACAACAGCGAGAAAGCAUGUGAGCUCCCAUUCUCCGUGGAGCGGAUCGCAUCUCUGAGCCGGAAUGACUUCCAGCAGAUGCUGAAGAUUCAGUGUCUGACACGGGAGCAGCUGGAUUUUGUGCAUGACGUGCGCCGGCGCAGCAAGAAUCGCAUUGCUGCGCGCCGCUGCCGCAAGCGGAAGCUGGACUGCAUCCACAAUCUGGAGUGUGAGAUUGAAAAACUGAGGACCGAAAAACAUAAGCUCACUACUGAGAGGGACCGGUUGGACCAGCAGCGUCUGAAGACGUGGCAGAGGUUCUCAGGCCUCUAUGAGAAGGUCUGCUGUGAGGCGGCACUGAGACCGGAGCAGCUCCAAGUUCUGGCCAAGUACUCCCCCUCCGCCUGUCCACUCUUCGCCCUCCUCUCCCCCCUCAAAUCCACCUCAGCUCAGCCCCAGGUGCUCUCAGAGGCCCAGGACCCAGCGGCAAUGGCCUGCGCCUUAGGCCUCUCUCAAGCUGGCAGCUGCGGUGAACCCUCCAUGAGCUUUCCGAUGGAUGCUGUAUUGGGUGGGGGUCAAACUACUCCCCAGGCUCUGGUGCCCCUGGGCCCCACACCCACACCCACCUUCUCCGGGGGGAGCCUAACCUCUUCCACAGAGGGGAUUGGUGCUGGGGCCCUCACAAGCAUGCGUCCCGAGCCCGUCAGUAAGCUCAUUACAUACAAGUAGCCUUGCACUGCCCACUGUCCAAAAUGGGGGUCAAAAACAAGACCUACAAGACCUACAGACUGUUGUAGGGUGGAAACACAUUUUCUGUGUUACCUUGACAAUAUGACACGACUUUUGUCAUGAUAAAUACUAUCACUACCAUGGGUUUAGAUGUUUGUUUGUUUGUUUGUUUGUUUGUUUAUUGUUUUGUAUCAGUGCACUCUUUCUCUUACACAUUUUGUUUGUUCCAAUUUUGAAAAUGAAUAUUUUUGCCUCUUUAUUGUUUAAAUGUGUCAGCAUUUGUGGUACUGUGGAAGGAGAUUGUGUGUUUGAGUGUGUGUAUGAAUGUGCGUGUGUGUCUAUGUAUGUGUGUAUGAAUGUGUGUGUGUGUGUGUGUGUGUGUGUGUGUGUUGCAGUGUUCCUAUCACCCGCAUCAUUUUGAUUACGAUUAUCAGUGUUUGAAAAGGUGACCCUGUGAAAAUGUUGCAUUCUGUGUCUCUCUGUGUACUUGUGCGUAUCACUCAACCAGGGACAUGCCUCCAGUAGGCUGCAGGCGUCUGCUCUUCUCCCCUCAUCCCCAGACGGUCAAUGCAGAAUGCAUGACACUUUCUUGUCUCAGGCGCAAGAGUGGGAUAGUAGAAUUAUUUUAGAAGCUUAACAGCUCUCCUGAAAGGAAUCCUAGGUGACCAACAACAACAACAAAAUACAACACACUGUUCUUGAAGAUCAUGGACCUAAGGGUUUGUGUGUGGACCAAAGUUGUGGGGGUUUGGCCUGUGUUACAGUGAGUCCAACUACUGUGCUUCCCAGGAUCAAGUAUGUGCAUGUUAGUGAUCAAGGAAACCUAAGACCAUCGAUAGGACAUUGACUCAAAUAGUGGUCCUGGUUAAUGUUUAAAAUGUGUGAUGUUGCAAAGAAAUUUGCACUUGAACUUAAUGCUGAGAUGCUGAAAUCGGUCAACUAUGCCAUGACUGCAGAGUUGUUCUUAAAAACUAAACUUAAUACAUUGGUGCUGUUAUGAGCUGUUUGAUAAAAAAACAGGUAGCUAUGUUGUUUUGUUAUAAUUAAUCAGCUCUUACUCUUUUGUAUAUCUAAUCUGUUUUUGAGAAAUUCUUUUUCCACUGUUUGUUAAUUCAGUUUUUUUUGGUUGGGUCCAAAUAUUAACUCACUUAUGUUGCAAGACACAAUAACAAAGUGAAUAAAAUGAUCAUAGUCUUAAUUUA